GGGGCAGCGGUGGCAGCUCAGGCGCUCGUCCUGCUGCUCAUCUUCCUGCUAUCUAGCCUGGGCAACUGCGCGGUGAUGGGGGUGAUCGUGAAGCACCGGCAGCUUCGCACCGUCACCAAUGCCUUCAUUUUGUCGCUGUCCCUGUCGGAUCUGCUCACGGCGCUCCUCUGCUUGCCUGCUGCCUUCCUGGACCUCUUCAUUCCCCACGGAGGUUCUGCGCCCGAAGUCGCCGCGGGGCCUUGGCGCGGCUUCUGCGCAGCGAGUCGCUUCUUCAGCUCGUGUUUCGGCAUCGUGUCCACUUUCAGCGUGGCGCUCAUUUCGCUGGACCGCUACUGCGCCAUCGUGCGGCCGCCCCGGGAGAAGAUCGGCCGGCGCCGCGCCCUGCAGCUCCUGGCGGGCGCUUGGCUGGUGGCUCUAGGCUUUUCCUUGCCCUGGGAACUGUUUGGGGGAUCCCGGGAGCCCUCCUCAGUGCAGAGCUUCCAUGGCUGCCUUUACCGGACCUCUCCAGACCCCGCGCAGCUGGGCGCGGCCUACAGCGUGGGGCUGGUGGUGGCCUGCUACUUGCUGCCCUUCCUGCUCAUGUGCUUCUGCCACUAUCACAUCUGCAAGGCCGUUCGCCUGUCGGAUGUGCGCGUGCGGCCAAUGACCACCUACGCGCGUGUGCUGCGUUUCUUCAGCGAGGUGCGCACUGCCACCACCGUGCUCAUCAUGAUUGUUUUCGUCAUCUGCUGCUGGGGCCCCUACUGCUUCCUGGUGCUGCUGGCCGCGACCCGGCAAGCCCAGGCCACGCAGGCCCCUUCUCUCCUCAACGUGGUGGCUGUCUGGUUAACCUGGGCCAAUGGGGCUAUCAACCCUGUCAUCUAUGCCAUUCGCAACCCCAACAUUUCCAUGCUCCUAGGGCGCAACCGCGAGGAGGGAUACCGGACUAGAAAUGUGGACGCUUUCCUACCCAGCCAGGGCCAGGGUCUGCAGGCCAGAAGCCGUAAUCGCCUUCGAAACCGCCUAGGGGCUUGCAGCAGGAUGUCCUCCUCCAACACCGCCAGUGGGGCCGGAGGUGAUGUGGCCAUGUGGGCCCGCAAAAACCCAGUUGUGCUUUUCUGCAGAGAGGGACCACCAGAACCUGUGACAGCAAUAGCCAAACAGCCUAAAACUGAAGCCGGAGAUACUAGCCUCUAAAAAGGGCUGGGAUGGACAGCUUUUGAAGGCGAACUUCCACCCCUUCAUUUAAUGAUACAAGAUUCCAGGGAGAAUCAUGGAUUUCAUAAAGCCAAACAUUUAAAACUAAAGAGAGGGGGCGGGUUGCCACUUUCCCCCAAACAACAUAAAAACAAUGUCCCCUUCUUCAGAAAGUGCCAAAAGGAAUGUAAAAUGCAAAAAUUAAAACAAUCUUAAGCCACACAACCAAGCAUUGUGAACUUAAGUGCCAAAAGAAAAAAAUGACCCAAAUAAAAUUCACAAU